GACCUAAAGUCAUGUUUUAUUUCUAGGAGAAAAGCAGAGGGGGAAAUGGGAAGGGGCCUGUAAGCUUUCCUUUACCAAUCCCUAUUCAUCUUCAACAGAGUACUGGUUUAAGCCAGUGCACCAUUUCUGAAUGCCACCAACAUGGCCCGCUACAAGCGACUCCAUGCAAGAACUCGAAAUUCCCUAGACUUAGUUCCACUUACUUCUUUUCUUCCUACUGAAAAACACUCUUUAGAAAACACAGCACACCUUUAUCUGCUGUCAGCUCCCUUUGUAUCUCUGGGGGGACUUUCACCAAAUGAGAAGGAGAUAUCAAAGGUUACGCUACCCUUAAAACCACGUUUUUUCCGCAAGCAAGCUGGACUCACCAAUCGUUGGCAACCUCCUUCUACACCAAGCUGUGACCUACUUGGAAUUUCACAAGCUAGUAAGGCUGCCCGUGUGGGCCUCAAUGAGACACUGAUGAGAAUCAUUUCAGUUGACACACCCAUGUCCCUGUCUGAAGAACAAGAAGCCUUGAAGGCAACAAUGGAGGCUCGGAAAGGAUCUAAUGCAUAUGCUUUUAAAAUUGUACCACCAAAGCCAAAACAAAGACCCAGGAUUUUCUCCCGCCAAGGAGACCCAAAUGAGAUGCUUUUUUCCUUCACACAGAAGAUUACAGAAGGCAUGGAGCCAGAUAUUACACUGCAGUGCUUGGACUUUGAAUGGGAACUUCAUCGCAUGUACUUCUUUAAAUCCCAGGUCCUCUCACAGCUGCUUGCUACAGCUGUACAGAACAGUGACUUACAUACUGAAGACAUUAGUCCCAAAGCCAACAAAGCAGAAAUCAGAUGUUACUAUAAACAGCAUCUACUCUCUGGCUGGAAACAUACAAAUAUCUGUGAACAGAAGCAAAUAACUCCCAAAGUCACAAUUGCCUUGGAGAUUAAUGAUCCAGAUGUCACUCGAUUUGCCUUUGCGAUUGCACUCAAGAACUUAUACAGCUCUGAACCUGAAGUAAAUGAGGAAGAUGUCCUGGGAAUCCUGGCUUCUGCAAACGUAUUACAAUUUCCUAGCCUUUUCCAGAAGUGCAUACAGGUCAUGAGAAGUACCAUAUGCACAUCCAAUGUCUGUAGCUAUUAUUCUGCAGGCUGCAAGUACCAGCAAUCCUCCCUAAUCACCGAAUGUGAGAGAUGGAUAGAGGUGAACCUUGUCCCACAGCUUGGCUCUCAGAUUCACCUGAGGAAGCUGCCACUAGAACUCCUGCAGAAAGUGCUCAAAUCUUCAAGGUUAUUUACUUUCAAUGAAUUCCAUCUCUUGCGAACUGCCCUCUGCUGGGUCUUCUUGCAGCAAAAUCCCAAAAUCCAGAUAAUUCCAUCUUACGACACUGUCCUCACAUAUUUUAGCAGCCUGCCCAAGAUAUGUGCCUUCCUGGAAAGGGAAGUAGGACAGCAAUACAUAGCUAUUUUUCAGUCCCUCCGUUUACAUGGUAUCACCUCAAGUAAACAUCUGGAAGAACUAUGGGGGAUUAACUUCCUUCCGUUGCCAUGGCUGACAAGGAUCUUGUCUGAUCAUUACCAUGCACUAGAGAAUGGUGGUGACAUGACAUUUCAGAGGGACUUUAACACUCAGGCGGUGCGAUUUGGCUUGGUGCUUACACAGGAACCAAGAUACCAUGCAGAAGUUAUUUCCAUUUAUGGAUUCUUCUUUGAAAUAAAAGCAGUCAGGCACGAUGCUUCAGCAUACAGUUUUUACAUGCAGAGAGUCAAACAUGCAGAUCCUAUUAUAUCCUUUUUUACUGCCGAGCGCAGCCCUGUCAGCUUAAAGCAAGAGCGUGAAGUCAAGUAUGAAAUAAAAGCCCAGUGCCAGAUAGAUGGGAAAUGGGAGGAGUUCACUACCGAGAGACUAACUCAAAAGUUUGGUGUUAAGAGACCUACCUGCAAAAGUACGGUCCUGAAAGCAAGUAUUCCCUCAGUUCCAAUCUAUGUGACAUUUUCUCUUCUUUUCCCAUCCUCAUAAAAGACAAGGAUCACUCCAGUCUCCUCCAUGGAAUAACUUGUUUUGACACCCAGCCACUGUAGAAGAGCCAGUAUCACAUGCUUGAAGGGCUGGGUUGUUCAGACAGGAGAUUAAAUUUGCCGUAACAUGAAAAUAAACUACACUCUUCUUUAAAGCUGGGCUCAUCUGGAUAUUAAUCUCAUCUAUAGUCUCCCUCUGUAGCUGAUGCUGCUGAUAGUUUAUAUGCUCCUAGGCAUGGAUUCCAAUUGCCGGUUUGUUUCUUAUUAGCAAGUAGUAAGCAUGACCAAUUCCAGAGAAAACUGGCUGUGCACAUGGGAUUUUUAUUAUGCUUUCUUCUUCCACACUCUACUGCUGGUCUUCAGCCAGCUGCAUUGCAAUGCACUGAGCUAUUACUUAUAAUGGGAAAUGAUUAACAUGCUUAACAUGCCUCUUAUAAAAGUAUCCAGCAACCAACCUUUGUCCAGUCUUCAUCCAACAGCACAAGUUACUUCCUCAUAAAACACAAGUUACCUAGCUAUCAAAGGACAGGUAUCAGCAUCUCCUAAUAAUUCCAUCUGAUAAUGAAAUCUUCGGCCACCAGCAUUGUUUUAAUCCUGAGACAUAAUUCAAAUCUGUGGUCCUGUAGCAUUAUCCUGUACAAGCUUAGGCCGCAAGGGCAGGAGAGUAUGGAAAAUAAAGUAUAAAUGAACCAGAUGGUUGUGAGGUGAGCAGCAUUCUACCCUCUGAGAUUUCAGGGCUGAGACGUGAAACCAGAAGACAGGUAUGUGUAAGGUCCUAGUAAUAUUACAGAAGUGGGGCAAACAAGGGUUGGGAGGCAGACAGGAACUGCUUCUGAAUCAAAAGUCUUAGCACUAACUGUGAAUGUUCUAGCUUUAAAGCCACUCCACAUAUAAAAACCCAACAUCUUCCUUUCAGGUUGCUCAUCUUUAGAUUUGUCUCCCCUUUUAUAGAUUAAGAGAAGUAUAGCUGGCAUCCUGAGUCUUGGCAACCCUACCAGACAUCUCCCCCUCCCACCUCACCCACUCAGUAUCUAUGGAGUUCAGCCGUCAAGGAUUGUACCAGUAGAACAAUGACUCACAAUGCCAGUGAGUCACUGACUCAAGCAAAUAGACUUAUGACAGCGAGGACCUACCACCACUAUCAACGUAAUGUUACUAUCAACAUCAUGAUCAUCGUCAUUGCACAAGAGUGUCAUGAACAGAAUGAUGCCUGGAACAUGUAGUAAAGAUUGUGCUGUUGACUCUUGUUCCCAGGUAGGAGCAUGAUUCUCCUCAGAUCACAAUGCACCAAGGAAAGGGAAGGGUAGGGUAGGGAAACCCCCAUAAUAUAGGUCCCACA